AUGAAUACUAGAAUGAAGCAACCGGAUUGUACAAGUCGUGAUGUCAAAAAUCACAUGGAAACAAAUAACAUAAGUAAUCUGGGGAUACUUGCUCGUGCAACAGGGUGGUUAAAAGAUGUGGAAAAGAUUAGGGAAGAUGCUCAAAUCAUUUCAAGUACAGGGAAUGGAUGUUUUAACUUGAAAAUGAGGUAUCGAGCAGGAAGGAAUGUGUUCAAGAUUACAGAGGAGAUGGGAAGUCUUAUUGAAGAAAAUAGUAAGAUAAUUUGGAGUGAUCCUCAAAAACUUCUUGGAAAAGUGAAUUCUCAAAACGCAUCUACUUCAGCAUUGUGGGAUGGUGAUGCCCAAAAUUACUUGAAAUCAAGAGAGAAAAGCGUUAAGGAUGCACUCAAGUUCCUCAACAAGAUCACACGAGCCAAGUGA